AGAAAGUCCGGCCCACCAGACCCAGCCCAGGCUCGAUCGGAGCGGGUUCUGGACCGACCCGUGCCCGAUAGAAAACGGAACGGGUUCCGCGAGCUCAUCGGACCUUCAACUCGGAGCUCAAUUCGGAUUCAGUAGUGUCGUCCCCAGUUCGUCAAAAGCGAUUUGCAAUUCUUUGAAAGAUUUCGCAUUCAUCGGGAAGCUCAGAAGCUCCCCAAUCCCGGCAAUGGCCGAGUAUUGGGUGAUUCAGGGUCGUGUGGUGCGAGUUCUGCAAAGAUCUUCAUAUCGAACGCCCGGGCAUUUGUGCACGAGGCUCAAUGACGCGAGGGAGGAGAAGGCUGCCGAGGAGGAGGAGCAGAAGGAAGCGGCUCGUGCCAUUCAACAAAUUGACGCACUGAGCGUUAGUUUAGUCUGUUCGUGGAGAAGAUUCACUAUCUUGACACAAGUGGUCAUGCUUUCCAUGAUUUGGCAACCCGGGAAGUGUGUUACACGAGAAGAGGCGUAUAACACAGUCCAAGUUUCGAGUAAUUUCAAAUGCUGGAAAGCCAUUUCCGACAAGAUAGUGUCAUCUUCAAAGGGAAGUCGAGUUUUGGAGAAACUAGAUCCUGCCAAAUCCGAAGAUGCACCAGCACCCGGGUCAGUUGUUUCUGGAUCCUCGAAUCUCAGGCGAGAGUAGUCAAAAGGAACCGUCUCGCCUUUCGCCAUCAACAAAAGAAGAGGCAGGAGGAGAAGCCGGAGGUUAUAACAGAGGAGGCAGAAGCGACACCUAAAGCGAGGGAGAAGGCUUCGGAAACGAGAGUCGAAGAGAGGGAGAAACUGUUGCUUGGCCUUUACAGUGGAAGCUGUACAUGAGGAAAGCAAGCGCACACAUUAGUACUGUAUAAUGCUCGGGCUUCCAGCACGUUGAUUAAUUUCCAUUUUCCGAUAUGAUUCUUGCGAUGAGACCGCAUGCCUGAAAUCUACCGCCAUUAGUCUUUGCGAUGAGCAUCUGUUCUUGUUAUCUUGACCUAUAACAGUGGAAAUUAACUGAAUCAUGCGCCACUGCCAGAGUAAACACAUGUUCCACA